AUGGAAAAUGACGAGGAGGAAGGGGGCGGUUCCCAAUGUGAUGGUGACGGGGUCGAUGAUGACGGACAGCCCAAUCCACCCAAUGAGAAGAGAGUAGUUAAGCUGAUGACAGACGACCCAGCCUUUAGACGAGGGAGGAUGAGGUGGCUGAAACAGGAACAGACCCGACUACAGAACCUUCAACAACAGAAUAUUACUAAAAGACUCAGACAGAACACCCAGAACUCCCCAACCCCCAACACCCCUCUGGUCCCGGUGCACCCCCCCCCUGUGGUCCACCUCCCCGGGACCGGCCGCUUCAUCCCCCCACAGGACUGUAAACUCAAGUUCCCCUUCAAGAGCAACCCCCACCACCGUCUGUCAUGGAGCCCUGCCACUGCCCUGAUGAUGCUGGGGGAGGGGGGGUUAGAUGGAGAGUGGGAGGAGCGGGCAGAGGGAGGUGGUGGAAAAGCAACUCCCUCUCCUCCUCCUCCUCCUGCUGCUCUCCUCCCACUCCCCUUCCAGAUGGUCCCUAGAGGCCACACCCCCUCCCCACAGCGCACCUGGCAACAACCACAACAGCAACGUAGCAACAGUAACCACGGGAACCCACACUUCCCAGUUCCAGGGCAACAGCAGGGGCCGCCUCCGUGGCGAUAUAGGCGGAACUCCCUGGACAGCUCCACGCAGGGCAACAACAACAAUCACCAGGGAAACAACUACCCCGGCAACCCCAACAACAACGGAGGUGGUCACCAGGGGCGACCGCGUUAUCGUGGAGGAGGGGGGAUGGAGGGAAGAGGAAGGGAGAGGGAUCAGAGAGGAGGAGGAGGAGGGAGGUUUCAGCAGGGGGGAGACAGAGGAGGGUACCAUCACCCCUACUACAUCCCUCCUCACCAACACCUCUACCACAGCAGUAACCACCCUCCACCAGGGGGCCACAUAUCCCCCCAGGGAAGAGGAGGAGGAGGUGCAGGGUGGUUUCAGGAGGGGUACAGCACCCCCCCUCGCAUGAAGAGGCAGUUUAGUGCCCCCGAUCUGAAGAGCAAGGAGACCCCUGUGUGACCUCUCACCCCUGACCCCACACAAAGACAACCUUCCUAUAAGGACACUGCAUAUCCAGCUGACGGGCUUAUGACCUGUCAUAACACUACAUACUGCUGUUAUAACUGAUGCUACUACACUACAUGGUGUAUAAUGUAGCUAUAUGGGGCAUGUGUGUGUGUCUGCAUGCUUCUGUCUCUGCCAUAUUGUGUAAUUGAAUACAGAACAGAGUGUGUGUGUCAACGCUUUGCUUAGCACACAACAAUGAGUCUGCACACUCUGUGUCCCUCACACACAACACUACAUAACGCCAUUGUGUGUGUGUGUGUGUGUGUUCCUGCUGUAGGGUUUAGCGUUCUCAUAUACAACAGGUCUUUUUAAAUAUUAGUUCUGAGGGUCUUUCUGAAGGUCAGCUGUACUGUUUUAGUUGUUGAUAUGUUUUCAUACACCAGCAGGGCAUUAUGGGAGGUGCCUUCGGCGGCCUGGCCCACACGACCAUACCUGCUUCCCCGUCCAAAUUACAUCCUUUAUUUGACCUGGACGCGCGUCAACACAAAGACCCAUCAAUCUCAGAUAAAGCAUCCGAGUGACAGAAACAGCACCCCUCUGUCUGUCUGUCCCCUCUGUCUGUUUCCUCUGUCCCCUGUGUCUGUCCCCUGUG